AUGCCAAACAUUUCAAAUCAAGAUAAAUCACAAACAGCUAGCCGUCAUGGCGACAAUCUUGAUAAUUCAAGCAAAUCACAUGUAACCAAAGAUGGUCAACCAGAUCAUCGUUACAAAGAAAAUCGUGAUGAUAAUCAAGAUGAUGAUCAAAAAUCAAAUCAACGAUCAAAUCAAGAAUCAAAUCAAGAAUCAGAACAUAUGACUAAAGAUGGUCAACCAGAUCAUCGUUACAAAGAAAAUCGAGAUGAUCAAUCAAGCAAUGACCAACAAUCACAUAAUGGUCAAAAAUCAAAUAACGGCCAACAAUCAUCCAGUCAUCAUGAUGAUUCAGGAAAAUUAGCUGAUAUUCCAACCAAACUCGAUGGAACAGCUGAUAUGCGUUACAAAGAAAGCCGAGAAGCUGUAGCUCAAGGACUUCUUAAACCAGAUGAAGUCGUUGAAGAAGCCAUGAAUGGUAGCGAUGAUUAA